CGACUUGCAUAUUUGAAUAGACGCGGCCAGUUGAAAAUAAUGGUCACUAGUACUAGUAAGUAGUACUCUCGUCCAGUCACUGAAUUCCUAAUUGUCGGACAUCGGAUCAUAACGACCACAGCUAUUAUGUAACUCGUUAGGGUAGUACUACUAACAGUCACCGGUCACCAGCUGUGAACGAAGGAGAUAAGAAGUAGUACGUGCCGCAUACGCCUUCUGUGCGCUCAACGCCCACUCAAUUUUCUAUCUUGUGAUACGAAGCACUCGUCGUCUGGGCAAGCGACUCAACGGAAUCCACGCCUUUUACCUCAUCAAAAGAUUGUGAUUGCGAUUACGGGCUAGGUGCCAAAUCGAUAUUCCAAUUGCCAUAAAAUGGGACAGCAUAUUUCAUCCGACGAUACUGCUCGUACGCGAAUUUUUUUAUCAGAUACCCCCACCCAACAGCCUGGCUCUGUCCUGGAUUCCAUGAUCAACUCUGUUGACCCGAGCGAGCCUGCUUCGUCAGGCAGCUCUCAGGCCCACAUCCCGAGCCAGCCUGAAAUGGUCGGCAAACAAUCCUCACUAUCUUCACCUCGCAGAUUUCGGGAAGUUAUCAACGAGUUCGCCGCUUCUCUAAAAUGCAGUCUAGUGCUCGAGAAUAAGGGUAAUGUUGCUCGUGAUCAUCUUGCAUCAGAGCGAACCUAUCUUGCCUACGUUCGCACCAGUCUCGCAUGUGCAAGUGCUGGAGUAGCCCUUGUACAGCUGUUCACGCUUUCCAAUUCCACAGAUGCAAAUACCCAUGGUCAAGGAGAGAUUGUUCCACAGCGUUUUGCUCGACCACUUGGCGCCACGGUGGUGCUCUUGGGUUUGUUCAUCCUAAUUUAUGGCCUCGUACGCUACUUCAUGACCCAGGCGGCCCUCGUACGGGGUUUCUUCCCGGUGGCACGCAAUUCCAUUGCUGCCCUGGCAUUUGCCCUUGGGGCCGUCGUUGGCAUCGUUUUUGGGGUACUAGUUGCUGAAACCCGAGGCUAAAGUGUGGGGCUGGUCACUGUAACCGUAUAUGGUUACGGUAGUACAAUUGUACGGUAGCCAUACGGGUACUGCCCGUAUUGUACCGUAUGUCAUACCUCGAUAUCCUCAACGGUGCGGUGCGGAUCACUACAUGGUCAUGCGGCCAACCAAUACGGUCGUACGGUAUAUGAAGAUACUGAAUUACAGUAGCUAGAUGUAGUAUCAACCCAUCAACUACCGCGAUGGCAUUUAGCAGGUCGAAGGGACCGAAAGAAUGUGCUUGAGAGUCGACGGUACGGCAGAAACUACACAGUGGAAUAUUAGUAUACCUAUAGACAAUAGUUUUGAGCAGGUUGAACUCACCAGGGAUAGCGAGCUAGCCAGACACGACAGGUUCGGAAAUUGUGAGCAGCAGCCUGCUCACCGGCCACAGGCAUCCCUCGAGGUCGUUGAGCGUUUUUU